AUGAAGCGUCAACUUACAACAUUUGCGCUGCUAGGUGGUAUCGCCAAGAUAGCCAUUGCUUCUGCUGAUCUUGGCGAUAUAUGGGACCAAGGACCCGGUACAUACUGCAUUACCUACCUUUCCACAUACUUGGCACCUGUUUCCAUGGGCACUGAGCUUCCCGAACCUUCCAAAAAUUCUACUGAGUCUGAUCGCACAACUUCAUUGAGUACAAGCGACGAAGACCGUUUCUCAACAGACGCCAACCCAAGUCUGGUCACUACACUUAGUCCGGAGCAGUCUUCGUCGGCGUUAGCUACAGAGCCAACCUCGGUGGAGUUUGAUCCUACUGGCCAACGUAUUAUUUUCGCUGUAACCCCAUCUGAGGAGUCAAGGAAGCGAGAUAUUGGAGGGUUUGUUGGCAAUGGCAUCUGUACCUUCGCCACUGUCUUCACCCUUGGAAACGGUCGUCUCUUCGAAGGAGGGAUACCCAUCUCAUACCUUGGUGAUGCUUUCCAACUAUUACAAUCAUCAUCAGUACCUUCUGGGGACGACAUCACUACUACUUUCAGUAAUAGUGGGGGAUCGCUCCGUUUUGUCAACCCUCGACUUCAUGGUAGCCAGGCAUCCUUUUGUCAGACAUCCUCUGACGGCGAUAUAUAUAUGACAUUCACGUCUAGGCCACAAGGCUGCGUUCCUGUUCGUUUGACCAUUUACGGAGUUGAGCGGUGCAUCAACGGUCGGAUUGAUGGCCUGGACACUUCGACUGCCGCCAACACUCAGGUCGAGAGUACCCAAGCGCCAGAGCUACCCUCCUCCGAAAAUCCAGAUUCCACAUCACUUCCUCCACCUGACGUGACUGACGAGGAGACAACAUUCCCUACAAUGACGAUUGACCCUACAAGAGCUCUCUCUUUUAGUAACUUCACCUCUCGACAAUCCACUGUCAAAAUCCCAUCCUUCACAAAUGGCGUAGUCCUCCCUUCCCUGUCCCCCUCAAGAACUGAAGAGCCAACCCCUUUUGAAACGGAAACAUUGCUUCCAACCGUUGCCGGUACCUCUGAAGAAGUACAGAGUUCUUCCGAAGUAGAGACAUCAGCACUUGCCAGUACGUCGGACUUGCCUGUCUUUGAAAGCUCUUCUUCCGUGACCGAGCUACUUACCUCAAGCAUUUCUACAUCCUCUACGCCCACAUCCAUGUUUCUCACAUCGAUCAGCGAUGAAGCUUCUUCUACUAUACCUAUGUCCUAUGAAACAUCGUCCUUGACAGACACUUCCGAUGUUUCAUCUAUUCUCACAACUUCCUUCGAAUCAACUACGCAGGAACCCACUACCACCACUUCCAUAGAAUCGACAACGACAACAACUCAAGACCCUGUCAUUAUCACAAACCGUGUAGCUAAUGGCAGGUUCGCUACACCAAACCCCGACUCUGACGGUGGCAUCAUGGGCUUCGAGACGGAAGGUGAUGCCACACAUCAUAACGGCGACUGCUUCAGUGAAGAUGAUGGUACUGAUGACGAAUGUGUCGCCCUGAAAAUAUCCAACGACAGUAAGAGAGACGUGGGUUCCUUUGUCGGUAUAUCACAGAUGCUUCCAUCUCUGAGCCCCAGCAGGACUGCUCUCUAUACUAUACAGUUCUACUAUGCUGUAAUUACUCUGGGGGGAAGUCAGACAUGCACAAUUGAUGCAUUCAUUGGUAGUCAUCAGGUCUACUCACAGGGGCUUUCCACCGGCGACGGUGCGACCAAAUCGUAG